UUCUCGGGUUCCGUUUCCUCCAGCGUUACUAGCUGCCUGCUCUCGGACCUGCUCUCUGUACUCCCCGGCACCGGACCGAAGCUGCACAAAUGAAGCUUCCAGCGGCCGUUCUUGCAGUUCUUGCAUCGAUAGCUGUCACCAUUGAAGCUACGGUCUACUUCAAGGAACAGUUUGCAGAUGGAGAUGGAUAUAAGAGCCGGUGGCUGGAGUCGAAGCACAAGUCAGACUAUGGCCAGUGGAAACUGACUGCUGGAAAGUUCUACGGGGAAGCUGAGGCUGAUAAAGGUCUCCAGACCAGCCAGGAUGCCCGCUUUUAUGCUCUGUCAGCCCGCUUUGAUCCCUUUAGCAAUGAAGGAAAGCCCCUGGUCAUCCAGUUCACUGUCAAACAUGAGCAGAAGAUUGACUGUGGAGGCGGCUAUGUCAAGAUCUUCCCCUCUGACCUCGACCAGAGCGAAAUGCACGGAGAUUCACAAUAUUACAUCAUGUUUGGACCUGACAUUUGUGGAUACAGCACAAAGAAGGUUCACGUGAUUUUCAACUACAAGGGCCAGAACCACCUCAUCAAGAAAGACGUCAAAUGCAAGGAUGAUGAGCUGACCCACCUGUACACACUCAUCCUGAAUCCAGACCAGACCUACGAGGUAAAGAUCGACAAUGAGAAGGUGGAGUCUGGUUCCUUGGAGGAUGACUGGGACAUGCUCCCCCCGAAGAAGAUUAAGGAUCCCGAGGCCAAGAAACCAAGUGACUGGGAUGACAGGGCCAAGAUCGACGAUCCCAGCGACUCCAAGCCUGAAGACUGGGACAAGCCAGAGACCAUCCCUGACCCUGAUGCCAAGAAACCUGACGACUGGGAUGAGGACAUGGACGGAGAGUGGGAACCUCCCAUGAUCAGCAACCCAGAGUAUAAGGGUGAGUGGACACCCAAAAAGAUUGACAACCCUGACUACAAGGGAGCAUGGGUCCACCCUGAGAUAGACAACCCAGAGUACACUCAUGACCCCAACAUGUACAAGUUUGACAACAUUGGAGUCCUUGGCCUGGAUCUGUGGCAGGUUAAAUCUGGAACCAUCUUUGACAACUUCCUGAUCACUGAUGAUGUCAAAGAAGCAGAGGAGUUUGGGACGGAAACCUGGGGAGCUACUAAGGGACCAGAGAAGAAAAUGAAGGAGGAGCAGGAGGACAUGGAGAGGAAACUGAGGGAAGAGGAGGAGAAGAGCAAGAAUAAGGACACUGAGGGUGAUGAGGAGGAUGACGAUGAGGAGGAGGACAACGAAGAUGGUGGGGAAGAGGAUGAUGAGGCAGAGGGUAAGCAAGAUGAGGAAGAUGCCGGGACAGAAGAGGAGGAUGCCAAACAGAAGGACGAGUUGUAAAGGAGAGGGGCUGGUGGAUGGACUGCUGUGUGCUCCUCUUCAAAACUAACGAAAAUCAGCAAAAGCCCUCUGGACUCUGGCCUUUCAUACAGCAGCCUUUUAUUCAGGUGUAGGAAUGGGGAAGGGGUGAAAAAUAGGGUCAGGUCAGAUAUAUUUUUUAUUGAUCCUCUUGUUGCUUUUUUAAACCUUCAAAUUAGAGAAGGAGAAGGGUUUACGUGUUGUUUUUCCUUCUGUUUGUUUGUCUGCUUCAGUUGCAAGAUUUCUAAUUUAAGGUGAUUUACUGCACAUUGCAGGUAUCAUGGUGUGUGUGCAUCCUGCAGUUACUCAGAGAGCCAAUUCAUUUUCAUGUUUUUCCUUUGUGGGGAUGUCCAGUAAAUUGAGGGUCUAUGUCAGGUUUAUGCACUUUGAUCUCUCAUGCAAUGUAGUAGUCUGUUUUUUGCAGUGACCCCAUCAUAAUUUAUUCAGACAUUACAUUCAUUACCACACCUCCCAAACUCUGUGUGUGUGUGUGUGUGUGUGUGUGUGUGUGUGUGUGUGUGUGUGUGUGUGUGUGUGUGUGUGUGUGUGUGUGUGUGUGUGUGUGUGUGUGUGUGUGUGUGUGUGUGUGUGUGUGUGUGUGUGUGUGUGUGUGUGUGUGUGUGUGUGUGUGUGUGUGACAAUCCUCACUUUCUCAUUGCUCUGAAUGAGUGACUGUACUGUGAGCGCACACUGUUUGAGUUCCAGUGAAUAAAAUGAAGCUUCUCUCAAAACAUCAA